AUGUCUCAGGAUAUUAUUUUCAGACCAGCUUUAUAUCUCGGUUCUAUUCCGUUCGAAGCUGAUAGCCUUUCCCGUGCAGCCUUCGCACGUAACAAAUUAGAGGUUCUUCAGCCGGUGACACUCUGUAUCUCCAUCGCUGGGGUAAAAGUAUGCGACCCCGAUUGCAAGACUGUAUUCAUGGCCCAUGCUCUUCGGCGAAUCUCUUAUGCGACUUGUGAUCCAUUCACCUCGAAAUUUGCUUUUUUGGCCCGAGAAGCAAAUAGUGAAACGCCUUGUCAGUAUUUCCAUAUCUUCUCUACUGAUACACAAUUUCAGGCAGAAGAGCUGAAUGCAAUCAUUGGUGACGCCUUUAAACUAGCGUUUGCCAAACAGCGUAUGCAACAAAGCAACAACAAGAACAUCAACUCAUCAAAUAGGCAUGAACCGCUUCCACCACUGUCAAGCCUUCAUUCUGUUGAACUCCAACUUCCACAAGCCCAGGAGCUUGAUUCAAGCACCUUGGGAGGAAAAGAAGGACCUCCGCUCCAUAUUCCCCCACCCCCUUCUACUAAUCCGCCACCAGAGCCAAAUCAGGAUUUAAUACCACUUCAGAAGAAGGAUGGUGAUACAGGAGGUCAAAACAAAGAGGACAUUUCUUGUAAUGGGUACGCAUAA